GAAACUCAAACAUACUAUAAACAAAGUACAACCCUAAAUAUAAAUGGGCUUGGAUAUAUGAAAAAUCUCAUAGAAAAUACUAUAAUAAACACAAUUAAAGAAAAAAGUAAACAAGGAAUUCAUAUAAUGAAUGAUACAAUUAAAAAGACGAUUAAUGAUAAUAUAAAUAUUAAUAAUAAUAAUAUAUACAUUGAUAAUCUAGAAAAAGAGAAAAAAUAA